UUUACAUCAUUUCAUUGGUUAAGAAAAAUUUAGUAGUGGCAUUUAAUAAUAGCAUUUAAUAGUAUUUAAUAGUAGUAAAUAUCUGCUUUGUUAAAAGCAGAUAUUUGAGUAUGCCAUAUAGCGAAGAACAUAUUAAAGACAAAGUGACAGAGGGAUUGAAAGCUUCACACGUGGAGGUGGUAGAUCAAUCUGAUGGUUGCGGCGCCAAGUUCUCGGUGAUUGUUGUUUCUGAUUUAUUUCAAGGAAAGCCCACCCUGCAACGUCACAGGCUUGUGUAUGGAGUCUUGGAAGAAGAACUGAAGGCAAUUCAUGCUAUUUCAGUAACAACAUUAACACCAGAACAAUGGGAAAAAACAAAAACCUGACUGUUGAAUCUUAUUAAAUUUCUUCGUAAAUUUCAUAAUUAAAGAAAAUUGAUUACUUUUCUCACAACCGUUUUACGUUAACCG